AUGACUGAGGUACCCAUCUCUGCCAUACCUUUGCUGUCGACUGCUUCAGGUCGGAGCGAAGGGAGGAAUAGUAGUCGCAGCGCACAUAGCGCAUCGCCGAGACCGGAUGUCCCGUCCCGUCAUUCCCCGAGUCCUGGCAGGUCCUUCACGGAUCCUGAUCCCAGCCACCUGAAGAUUAGAAAGCGGAUCGUGGUCUGUUGUGACGGAACUUGGCAAGAUGGUCUUUCGGUCAAGGCGCGCUGGCAGUACACGAAUAUCCUUCGGCUAGCGAGGGCCGUUAAUCACGUCGAUGAACGCUUUAUGCCGCCCAAGCCUCAAGUCGUAUUCUACCAAUCCGGCCUCGCAAGCACGGAGAGCUACAAGAUCGACUCCAUUCUACAGGGCGCCACGGCGGCAGGUUUGGGCGACAAGGUGCAAGAGGCGUACGGCUUUAUCGCUCACAACUACGAGCCCGGGGACGAGAUCUUCUUAUUUGGGUUCUCACGAGGAGCAUACACAGCUCGCAUGGUCGCCUGGAUGAUCGAAGAGAUUGGUGUCCUGGACCGAACUGAUAUGGACCACUUCGCCGGGAUCUUCAUGUCCUUUCUCAAACACGGCAAGACCGAUGAUCCGAAGGAGAGAGAGUUGCUAAAGACGCAGGUCGAUCCUUGGACGCAGCACGACUCUCCGGGAAAGAAACGGGCCAAUUACGACGACAACACAUUCGCAAUUAAAUGUGUUGGCGUAUUUGACACCGUUGGCUCCAUUGGCAUACCCGACGAGCUAAAGUUCGGUGCGAGCGAUGACAAGAUGCGAACGCUUUUCGGCUUCCCCGAUUCGACAUUAGGAACCCAUGUCGAGAGAGCCUACCAAGCCCUUGCCAUCGAGGAGACGCGCACCGACUUCGUGUGCAAUAAGUGGACUCAAACUGAGAAGGGGAAGCGCAAGAAGCAAGUUCUUCAACAGUGCUGGUUUACGGGCUCUCAUGCCGAUAUCGGCGGCGGUUUCAAGGAGCACGACUUAUCUGAUCUCACCUUAUUCUGGAUGGCCGCACAAAUCGGUGAUAUGCUCUCUCUGGAUGUCAAAUACCUUCUGAAAGGGUUAGCGCCCACCGCGCCUUGGGGAGCCCAACAGUAUCACGAUCCGCGCACCGGAAUAUAUGCCCUGACCAGCACCACACAUCGCAAGUUGCCAACUCAGCUGAAUCCGCAGACUCACGAGUACAUCCAUUCCUCUGUUCUGGAGCAGAAGAAGCUCCCAGAUGGACUGAAGGAAACACUAAGCCAGCAUCCCGAGCUGGUGGCAAGGCUACUGCCUCUUGAAGAGGAAGUGAAGGUCAAUUGGCCCUACGAUCCGACGAUACAGCUUCCCGCGGCUCCAUCCCAGAUCGACGCAAAGCCAUCGAACGGAGCCGCCUCCGCCACAUCUCCCACGACCACGACCAGCGGCCGCAGUGCUUCAGGUGAUGUUCCGGCGCCUACCGUCAGUACGGAGAUGGACAAGCCCUCGACGCCGAAGGACACUGACGCGCAAGCGACGGCGAACCACUUCGAGAGUUUCAGCGCAUUUGGGUCCUUCGUUCUCGAGUACUUGAAGUCGUGA